GUUAACUUCAGUGAUGGUUCACACAUAAUUAACUGUAAUAAUGUAUUUAGUUUUUCUAAUUUUGGUAGUUCUCCAUUUGUAUUAUCAGCCAGUAAUAUCGCAGACUCCAGUUCAACCUGUUACGAAUGUAAAUCCUACUACAGCUCGGACUCCUGCGCCAGAAAUGUUUAAUGGAAAGCCGCCUGAUACUGUGUGGCCGGGCAACUACAGUGACGGUAAUAACAGGAGGCAUAUUUUUGGCGAUUGGUUACUGAAUGGGAAUUGGAGUGAUAACUUUACACCUAGUGGUGUUUCUAAAACUGUUGAAUAUCCAGGCUAUGAUGGCUGGUAUAACAAUUUGGCCCGGCCUGAUUCUGGUGCAAUUGACAGACCUUUAUUAAGGAGGUGGCCAGCUGCUUAUGCCGAUGGUACUUACUUACCAUCAGGAUCUGACAGACCUAAUCCUUUGGUGCUGAGUGAUCAGUUACUCAGUGGACCUAUUGGACUGACUUCAAACGUUGGAAAGAAUGCCUUACUAGUAUUCUUCGGUCAGCAAGUAGUCGAAGAGAUUUUAGAUGCUCAAAGGCCUGCAUGUCCACCUGAAUAUUUUAAUAUAGACAUCCCAGACAAUCACACAUAUAAAUUAGAUCAUCCAAAACAUUCAAAACUACCUCUGUUAAGAACGAGAUACGACAUGAGAACUGGAUACAGCCCCAACAAUCCACGACAACAAUUAAAUGAAAUUACACCAUAUAUAGAUGGAGGCCUUCAUUAUGGUAUCACAAAACAAUGGUCAGAUCAGCUACGAACAUACUCGAAUGGGACGGUAGAUCCUAGGGGACGUUUAGCUUCCUCACAUGAUGGAUUAUUCCCAGAAUAUAAUACCAAUAGACUACCUAUGGCGAAUCCACCACCUCCAUUUCAUCACGCCUUGUAUGUUCAGCAACAUGAAACUGCCAAAGUUUCCAGGUUUUUUAAGUUGGGAAAUCCCCGAGGAAACGAAAAUGCGUACCUUCUAACUUUUGGAAUUAUGUGGUUUCGAUGGCAUAAUUAUUUGGCGGAGCGCAUAUACCAUCAUCACAGCGAUUGGUCUUCCGAAAAAAUAUUCAACGAAGCUCGAAAGUGGGUAGUAGCCACGCAACAACGCAUUUACUUGUAUGAGUGGUUACCCACAUUGCUAAAUGAAAACCAAGCUUUGAGUAACUAUACUAAAUAUGAUGCCAGUAUAGAUCCACAAAUAGACCAGUUUUUCCAGAGUGCAGCUUUCCGAUUUGGACAUACAUUGGUACUUCCAGGGGUAUAUAUAAGAGAUUACAUUAGAAAUGGUUGUAAGACUAAAUUCAAGAACUGGAGUCAAGCUGCUAUAAGAACUUGUAAUAUCUUUUGGAGACCUCAAGAUCCUAUGCUUACAAAAUAUGAUGAUAACCAGACUUUAAUUAACAUGGACAGAAUUCUUAUGGGUAUGUCUGUACAACUAACAGAAAAGGAGGACCAUACUAUUGUCGAAGAUUUAAGAGGAAAUGUUUUUGGGCCUUUAGAAUUCCCCAGAAGAGAUCUUAUGGCUGUUAAUAUACAGAGAGGUAGAGAUCAUGGUCUACCUGAUUUUAAUUCAGCUAGAAGAGCAUUUGGACUAGAACCGUACAAAACAUUUGAUGAGUUUACUUUUGCUUCACCUGCGGCAAGAGAGAGAUUACGUACACUAUAUGGCGAUAUAAAUAAAAUCGAUGUAUGGGUGGGAGGUAUUAUGGAAACAACUCGUGAGGGACCUGGAGAACUGUUUAGAACAAUAAUCAAAGACCAGUUUAGAAGAAUAAGAGAUGGAGAUCGAUUUUGGUUCGAAAACAGGGAAAACGGGUUGUUUAGUGAGGAUGAGAUGGAAAGAAUAAGACGUGUAUCAAUUUAUGACAUAAUAAUGGCGGUGACACACAUGGAUGCAAAUGAUAUUCCAAAAAAACCCUUCAAAGCACCACUUAGUUCAGACUCAGCGUUAAGAUCCGCUUGCAAUUUAACUACCAACACUAAUGGAUAUUAUCAUCUCCCACAAUUGAAUGAUGCACUGUUAAAUGAAAAUUGUACAAAACCUGAUUCAUAUGAUUAUUUUUCUAACAGUGAAGCGAGUUAUAUUAUUACUUGGGCUGCAGUUGGUGCUUGUAUACCUGGUGUCAUUACAUUCGCAUACUUUCUGAUUGUGUACAAAGAAAAAAUUAUUCAAAAAAAUAAUGCACAGGAAAUUAGUCAAAAACGAAAGACCAUCAAGCGUGAUAGUAAUCAGGCUAACUGGCCUUUGUUUAUAGUGACCGAGUGGGUCGGACCAAAACAACCACCAAGGGAAAUUAUUCUAUCAUUUAAAGCAAGCUUGAAAAAAAUAUGUGUGACUUGUUUCAAUGGAACUACUCUGAGAGCUCUAGAUUUCUCAAACGUUGGAGCAACUCACGUAACAAUCUAUUUCAUCACAGAUAAAUGCACCAUUGUUAUGAACACAAAACACAACUACGAUUUGGUAGUUACGUUUGAAUCGGAAUUUCUACGUAACAACUUUUUGGCGGAAUUCGAAAAACACUUCGUACAGAGUCAGAUAGUGAAAAAAGAAUUGGUAAACUUAAACUGGAGCUCAGCAUUAAAAGUAAUUGUAACCAAAGAUAAUCGACAAGCAAGAUUGGAGAUGUUCUUCCGAGUAGUUUUUGCACAAGCGUUCAAAAUUAGUCAUUCAAAAACUGAAAUACUGAAAGUUGAUGCUCAUGUAGCGAAAGAAGUGAUAGACACAGAAUUGACCAUUACAGAAUUUGCAGACGCGUUAAGUAUGACACCCGCGAAUGAAUUCGUGAAAAGAAUGUUUACAUUAAUCGACAAAGACAGAAAUGGUUUUAUUUCAUUUAGAGAAUUUGUUGAUUUGAUGAUAAUUUUUGCCGACGGAACUGAAGAACAGAAGGCGAAAUUAUUGUUUGAUAUGUAUGACAUUGAUGGUGUUGGACACUUGAAGCAAGAAGAUUUUGUGACUAUGAUACAUUCUUUCUUGGAAACUUGCGGAGGCAAAGUAGAUGACAAAGAUAUUCAGAAAACUGUUAGCUCUAUGUUGAAAAAUGCAGGAGCAGAGCAUAAGCAAAAGUUAACAUUUGAAGAUUUCAAGAAAAUGAUUGGAAACGACAUAAAGAAACUGAACACAGCCAGAUUGGGUUUCAAAGGUAUCAAAGAGGCUGAUCAGUCGUAUUUAGCUAAGGCUAAGGACACAAUCGAGAAUAUUUAUGAAAGCAAGCAAGAAAUAGAAGCCAGAUUUAAGGGAGGAGGUUCUUUUGAUGAAUCAAGAAAUAGUGCUAAGAUGAUAGAUGAUGAUCAAGAAGUCGUUAUAAAAACUCAUCCAGUUCAAGAACAUAAAUAUACUAUAGCUCUCAAAUUUAUCGAAUUAAAAUCAAAAGAAAUAUUUUGGAUGAGCCUCUAUACUUUGGUCUUGUUUGGUGUAUUUGCCGAACGAGCAUACUAUUAUUCUGUAGAACGAGAACAUUCAGGAUUAAGACGAAUAGCAGGAUAUGGUGUUACAGUUACAAGAGGAGCUGCAUCUGCUAUGAUGUUUACAUACUCUUCACUAUUGGUAACGAUGUGCAGAAAUACUAUCACAUUCUUAAGAGACACUGUCGCUAAUCAGUAUUUUCCUUUCGAUGCUACUUUGGAUAUACACAAAUAUAUCGCAUAUUGGGCAUUCGUAUUUACAGUUCUACACAUCAUAGGACAUGCGUUUAACUUUUAUCACAUUUCAACCCAAACGGCUGAUGACUUAACAUGUUUGUUUAGAAAUUAUUUUCAUGCGACCCAUGAACUUCCCAAAUUCCAUUAUUGGUGUUGGCAGACAAUGACUGGCUUUACUGGAGUUAUCUUAACACUAAUAUGGGUAGUGAUGUAUUCUUUCGCUCUGCCUAUUAUCAGAAGAAAAAUUUACAACUGGUUUUGGUAUGCUCACAGUUUGUACCCAUUCUUUUUCAUAUUUUUAGUUUUGCACGGAUCUGGAAGGUUGAUUCAGCCUCCAUACUUGUAUUACUUCCUACUGGGACCAAUUAUACUUUUCACAAUUGAUGCAACCAUUAGUCUUAGUAGAAAGAAAGUGGAAAUACCCGUUAUCAAGGCAGAAAUUUUACCUUCAAGCGUGACGAUGCUAGAAUUUAGGAAACCAGAAAACUUCCAAUAUAAAGCUGGACAAUGGGUUAGAAUUGCUUGUAUGGGCCUUAAUAAAAAUGAAUAUCAUCCUUUUACUUUAUCUUCUGCACCCGAUCAAGAUAAUUUAACAGUACACAUUAGAUCUGUAGGCCCUUGGACCAAACUAAUAAGAAGUACUUACGAGACAGCAAUAUCUGCUAGCAUGAAGUUGCCUAAAUUAUAUUUAGAUGGACCGUAUGGAGAAGGGCAUCAGGACUGGAAUACCUACGAUGUAGCUGUAUUAGUGGGUGGAGGUAUUGGUGUGACACCGUUCGCCAGUAUUCUGAAAGACAUAGCUCAAAAAGCCAGCAAAACAAGAACACAUUGUCAAAAGGUGUACUUCAUUUGGGUAUCCAGAACUCAAAAGCAAUUUGAAUGGUUAGUGGACAUAAUCCGAGAAGUAGAAAAUAAAGAUACAAAACAGCUACUGAGUAUUCAUAUUUUUAUCACCCAAUUCUACGAAAAGUUUGAUUUAAGAACAAUAUUGUUAUAUAUUUGCGAACGUCACUACCAGCGAGUAUCCAAUAAGUCAUUGUUUACGAAUUUAAGAGCAGUAACUCAUUUUGGAAGGCCAGCGUUUGCACAGUUCUUUAAAACUGUGCAGUACAUACAUCCUACGUCACAACGUGUUGGCGUAUUCAGUUGUGGACCUCCUUCUAUGACAUCAUCUGUGGACCAAGCGUGUAGCAAGAUAAAUCAACAGAGUGAACAGAAAUUUGAACAUUUCUUUAAGAACUUUUAAUAUUCUAGUUUAAAUUAUUUUAAUUCGCUUUGAAAAAAGUAAAAAUGCUAUUGUAUCGAACAUAAUAUUUGUAGAACGUUUGUACAUGUUUAUUGUAUACAUUUUUAAGUAAUAAAUUACGAAUUUCUUUUUGUGGAACAUUUA